ACCGGGUUCAGAAUACACUGGCAGCUCGUGGCGAUUAGGUCGAAGGUGUACUCAAACGCGCUGGCGCGCAGCAGUUUGUGCAACGGUUCAAAAAUCCUUUCAAAAUUCCAUCAGAAAAUUGAUCAAUUUUCUGUAACUCGGGUUGUUAAAAAAAUUGUUUCUAACGUGGUGAAAUCAGUUUUGUGAAUUGCGGACACCUUGAACAGUUGUUGAUGGUUUCGGUAUUUAAAAACAUGUGCCUGUAAUGAUGAACUGAUGAUUGUGUUUUGUGAAUCGUCUGUGCGUGAGUAUGUGACACCUCUCCACGACGAUGGCAACGCUGACUAGAAACCCGCUGUCGUCGCAUCCCUUCGCGCGUGCUCCAGCUGGUACCAUUGUGGAGAGCACCGACGGCUCCGUCUCGAUGGACUCGAACGACUUUGCUGGGCGCGACUCGCCCCAGCUGCUGGAGACGGACAACCAGAGUUGUUGCAGUGAUGAUACGGUGCUCUCCGUCGGUAACGAACAGGAGCAACUGCCCAAUUCCUCUCCCAGCAGUGGAACGCAACCUCCACGGCCGGAUCUUUCCUUUAAAAACAUCGAAAGUCACCUGAAUGCUAUCUCCAAGAUCACCAACAGUACUCUGGACCCAAGUGGGCAUCAUCAUCACCAUGGCCCAGGGUCGAUCAAGUCAGAUCCGUCUAGUCCAAGCAGUCAGAGGCUCAGUCCUGCAAGCAGCAAAUCCUUUAAUGAUUCCCCUGCGCCGUUCCAUUUGGGUUUGAACAAUAAUCGCGGGGAUAAGUCUCCAAUGCAUUCUCCAGUUAAUAGUCCCUCAAGUCAAAAGACUUAUUCCGGACCGGAAAGUCCACAAAGUCCGAAGAGCGAAAUCAAGCAACACUUUUACUUCCGACCCAAUGUGUUGAAAAUGGACAAUGUAGAACCCACAAAUGGUUGUUUAAAGUUCUCGAUUGAUAAUAUCCUCAAAGCGGACUUUGGUCGAAGGAUUACGGAACCGAUCAACAUCCGCAAAUCGAAACCUAAUAAGAAAGCGCUUGCGGUUGCUGAAUCAACACGAGGGAGCUUUGAAAGGGAGAGGGAUGUUCCGGCGGCUGCGGCACCAGUGGAUUUGAGCAAGAGUGAAGAUAAACAACCGGCAAAUCAGCAGCAAUCUCCACAGCAGCAGGGUGCAACCGCCGGAAGCGGAAAUGGCGGCAAGGACGCGCCGAUUCUGUGGCCGGCGUGGGUUUACUGCACCAGAUACUCGGACAGGCCCAGUUCAGGACGAAGUAAGUCAAUCACUGCAAGUUUCCGCUCCUCAACGCCAUCUCGAAACGAUUCCGAUGAAACAAUUCGCCAUAUCCGUACUCGUAUUAAAUUUCUUUACAUAACCUCAAUGCAACCAAAGUCUGCAACUUUAAUUGCCGAUUUUAAUUCUUGCGUUUAUUACUACUACUCGCGUUGCUAUUGCUUCUUUUUAGUGCUUACAAUUAUCGUUAUUAUUCCGCGCGUAAUUGCGCCUAUUAAGGAUAAUUAGUGCGCGCGCCUCUUUUUUACAUUUCAGCGGAUUAAACGUAUUAACAUUUUUCUAGGCAUUUUUUAAAGGAAAACUCGGAUGGAGUUUAUGACUUCAACACCAAGACAAUUAACUUUAUUUCGAAAUAAUUUGCUCACAAAUAAAACCAAAUUACGCGCAAUUAAUUAUAUCUAAACAUAGUCGAGUUGAGUGUAAAUAUAAAUAAGAAACUUUUACGCAAUUUGAUUUAGAAAUUGAGUCGAAUUCUUAUCUUAAUCGCUUAAAUAUGUGGAAAGUGUUUCUUUGCAGUUUUUGUGAUUAAUUCUAAGCUUUCUGACAUUUAAAAAUAUUUUAUGACUUAACCUCGUCACCCAUGAGAAUUUAACAUUUUAUAAUCUCGAUAUCUCGCAAUUAUUUGGUAAUAUUUUUGAAAGUGAUUGAUUCGCGAAAUUCAUGUCCGAGUUUUAAUGCUCACACAAUACGUAGAUACUGCGAAUAUUGUGAAUGUUAAGCUUUCUCCCGAAGACAUAAUAAUGACGGCGGUGACUCGGAGGACUCGAACGUCUCCGAAAUUCGCUAAUUGCUAGCCUUGCACUUAACGACGGACCAAUAAAACUGUCACUCUGCGAAAAUUCAAAUUACCAACGUGCGGGCGCGCGGGAUGUUGAGUUUGGAGCGGAGUUAGACUUGGGUGGCAUUUUGAGGGGAUUGUUAUGAACUGCAGGAUAGUAGGCUAGGAACAGUCAGUCUGUAAUUAGUUGAUAUAAUCCUUCCCCUGAGGGUUUGUGACAUCAUGAAGUUACGCCAAGAAAUGGGUGCAGAAGGAGGAAGAUAAGUGCUUUUUGGGUUAGCCUAGAAUCUAAAGGACACUUUAUGAAGUGUCAUCCAGGGAAUAGGAUGAGGAUUUUUAGGUUAUUUUCUGGUUGAGUUGAUUAGGAGUAUUUUUGAGAAAAUUUUAAAGAAAAAUUUUUUUUUGCAAUUUUUGGAGAAAUUUUUGCAAAAUUUUGUGUUUUUUCGAAGAGCUUGUAAAAAAAAUUACAAAAAAUAAUUUGUCUAAGGAUUUAGUUAGUUUUAAACAACAUUUUUAUUUUUUUGAGUUUUUUGGAGACAAAAUAUUCAAGUUUAAUAUUAUUGCCAAAAUUUGAAAAAAUUUUUUCAACUUUCUUCUUAGUUUUUGCAAAAAUUUUAGCAUAAAAUUAUAUUUUGGCCAUAUUUUUCUAAAAUUUUAGAAGAAAAAUAAAGAUUACUUCAUUUACUAGUUCGAUUUUGUUGUAUUUUUGCUUAAAUUUAACAAAAAUUCAAAUUUUUCUCUAAAAAAUCGAAAUUUUUGCCAAAAACUGUGUUUUUCAAGCAUUUUUACCAAAAAAAAAUCACCUCCCCUUGAUUUUAUGCCCAAAUUAAUCAAACUACAUCACCCUGAACACACUGGCAAUUAGAAUUGAGCAAAUUACUCUCUGUGCAAGUGAGUGUCGUUUCAAUUCGUCGCCGUGUCGCAUUUCACGCCGGCGAAAGCGAAUUUAAAAUCGCCGGACUCUAUCAGCCGAAAGUAACGCAACACUGCCGACCGAGACGGGUGACAUAGAACAUUUCAAGGCAGGGGAUUUGUGGAAUUUCAAUUUCGAUUCGUUUCGCCGUUUCGCCAUCACUGAGAUAUCAGCUCGGAUGACUUCUACACUCGAUUAAAUUUUACAAAAUUCUUCUACCUACACAAACAGAAUAAUUUUUGAUCAAUUUACUACGCGAGCAAAUUGUGUGUGAAUCGAUUCGAUUAGACGCCGAUUUUUCAUCCAAAAAAGUUGAAAAUUACAUUUUCCACCCCUGCAAGCAAUUAUUGAGCAUUGAAUAAAAUACCACAAGCAUCUUGUUGUGUAAAACGAACGAAAAUGAAGAAAAUAUUGAAAAUGUCGAGUCAUGAGACGUUUUUCUUUGUAAAGUUUUAAUUAUGAAAAUAGCAAACGCGUACAUUUAUCAUUUCCACCCCUGUAUUACCAAAGAAACAAAAA